AUGGCUGUCUUAGAUCCUCUGAAAGUGAGCAUCAGCUUGGCAGCAAGCACCCCAAUGGUAAUUGAUGUUCCUGAUUUUCCUGCAGAUCCAUCUCGGGGGACUCAUAAAGUGACCUUUUCUGAUGUAGUGUACAUUGAACGAUCUGAUUUCAAAGAGGUUGCACCCAAUAAUCAAUAUAAAAGAUUGACUGUUGCACAAUCUGUUGGACUCAGACAUACAGGUUAUGUUUUGUCCAUUACAGAAGUCAUUAAGGAUAAAGACAAUAAGAUUGUUGAGCUGAAAACAAUAGGAACCCCUGUUGCAAACACUAAAAAGCCUAAAGCAUUUAUUCACUGGGUAUCCGAGCCAAUCACUUGUGAAGUUAGACUAUAUGAACGACUUUUUCAUCAUAAGAACCCUGAAGAUAGUAAAGAAGUUCCUGGGGGUUAUCUUGAAGAUUGUAAUCGUGAUUCCCUUCAAGUUAUUCACAAUGCAAUGAUAGAUUCUAGCAUUAAGGAUGCCAAGACAUAUGACAAAUUUCAGUUUGAGAGGCUCGGAUUUUUUAGCGUUGAUCCUGAUUCUACAGCUAAGAAAAUAGUCUUCAAUCAGACUGUAACUUUAAAAGAAGAUGUUGGCAAAGAAUAAUUUAGAUUUUUAUAAAAAAAUUCUUUAAAAUAAAAAUUCAAAUUGUAA